AUGGCUGAAUUAACAACAUUAUCGGACACAAAUAUACUAAUUUGCUCUCGUUAUCGUCCACCAAACGCGGAUAAAAUCUGGAUGGAAUCUUUUGAAAAUUUUCUUAACGAUGUUCGCUCACGCUAUCCAAAAAUUGUUCUCGCUGGUGAUUUCAACUUACCGCACGCGUGCUGGAACUCGAAGGAGCCUUCCACCGGCAUGAAUAAAAAGAAAUUCAUCGAAAUUCUGAAAGAUUUUUACCUAGAACAAUUAAAUGAAGUUCCUACGAGAAAAAACAAUAUCCUUGAUCUCGUGAUUACAAGUAUUCCUGACAAGAUAAACAUGAGCGAAGUAUUAAAGCCAACUGAUGCAGGAAUCUCCACAGAUCAUAGCGCUUGUCUUGGAAAUCUUAACCUUCACGAGAAAAUAACAGAAAAUGGCAAUAUUAACCAAGAUUGGUCGGCCUGGAAAAAUACGUUUCUUACGGCAGUCGCAGAGUGUGUCCCUGUCAAAAAAUUGAAAGGUCGGAGGUUUCUUCCAUGGAUGAAUAAUACAAUCCUUCAUUUAAUUAAGAAGAAAAACACUUUAAGAAUGAAAAUUAAAAAAUCUUGUUUCCCAAGUGAUCACUUGAAAACUAAAUCCAAGAGUCUCCACACUACAAUUAAACAGAUGUUACGUGACAAUCGCCUUGAAUACUUGAACAGUAUUUGCGCAUCUCGUAAUUACAACCCAAAACACUUUUGGUCUUUUUUCAAAUUGAAGUCUAAAGUUAGGAACAUUCCGGGGAAAGUUUCAACAAAGAUAAACGAACGUGAAAGAAAACAUGUUGACAGCUACUCGGACAUCGCGAAUAUGUUCAAUGAAUAUUUUGCCUCUGUCCUCACUCCACAAUUUGUUAGUGACAUCUUAGAACAUCGAGGCUAUACCUACAAUACUAUCACAAUGCAGGACAUAACAUUAUCGGAAGCAGAAGUCAUAGCUGUAAUAUUGAAUUUAGACAGCAACAAAGCGCAAGGUCCAGACAACAUCUCACCGCGUUUGCUGAAAGAAACAGCCAUUCAAAUUGGGCCUUCGCUCUGUUCUCCCUUUAACAAGUCCCUUCAAAUUGGUGUUGUUCCAAGCGACUGGAAACUUUCAAACGUGGUUCCUGUGUAUAAAUACGGAGAAAAGUCCUAUGUUGAACAUUUCCGACCAAUUUCACUGCUUUCACUCCAAAGUUCUUCAACGUUGCAUCUUUAA